UACACACAUUAUUAUGGGCUGUGAUGGGCUGUUCUAGUGUUUCACCCUCGCCUGUAAAGUUACGCUUCAUCUUCGUCGUCCUUUGGCAUUUGUCAUCCCUUGCUGCUGGAAUAUUUGUAGUGAAUGUGACUCAGGCUUCCUAUCAGGCAGAGGAGAACCAGAACAUCACCCUGGAGUGGACCUUCAGCACCAGAAGAGACACUUCCCUCAGCUCCAUUACUAUCGUCUGUGAUUUAGUAUCGUUCAGGCCCUACAACCUGCUUCAUCUAUACAAAGGCAUUGAAUUCCCAGAGACUCAGGAUCCACAGUUUGCAGGACGAGUCCAGUGGGACAAAGACGUCGUCACAGAAGGACGCAUCACACUUCAUGUCUCCAGACUCAGGACCAAUGACUCAGGACUUUAUGUCUGCAAAGUGUUCACUGAUUAUGGACGGAACAAUGGGAGAUGCUGUUUGAAUGUGACUGCUGCUAAAGAGCUCGAACCUCAGAGACCAACAGAGAGUUGGAGAAGACUCUGGUUUAUCGUUGUGAUAACAACUCUGAUUGUCUUUGUCCUCAGCAUUGCCUGCAUUGUUUUAAUAAGAUAUAAGAGAAGAACCCACAAUGCAGCCAUGCAGAUGGAGAGUUCAUCAGAGGAAUCAUGACUGUCUGAAUCUGAGCAUAAAGAGAGAAAGAAGCUCAGUGUAACAUCUGUAUAGUGUCAUUUUUAUACUUAUUUAUUUCAGUCCUCACUGUGAGUUUGAUCAUUUUGCUGUAAGUCAAUAAUCUGUUCACUGAUGGAUAUUGUUACAUGUUUUUUAUAUUUUUUUAUAUAUCUGAGACCUAUGCUAAUGCUUAAAAAUAGCAUGAUUGGUGACCUUUAAUGUACAUUUAUAAUGUCACAUAUUGGGAAUCAAUCCCUUUUUCUAUGAGAGAAAUCAUGACAUUUCUGUGUGUAAAUAUGUUGAAUUCAGUAAAUGCUCAUGUUGGUCAUGUAUUACAGGUGUUAGAGGGAAUCCUUAAUGACUGUCUAGUCAUACAUUGAAUUACCUCCAGAGGACAAUAACAACAACAAUAAAACUCUAAAUAAUCUUAA